AUGAUCUCAGAAGAGCAACGAUCGAAACGGCGGCGCGAAGCUAGAAAGGAUUUUUACAUCAUCAUCGACAAGAUCCGUGCUAAGCCUGACUUUCAGAACUUCCUUCUCCCACCAACGCCUCAGGAACUGAUCUCCGCUGCUUCGUCUGGUCCUAUCAUCGUCGUGAACACAAGCUAUAUUCGAUGCGACGCGUUCCUAAUUGAUACCCACGCGAUCUGGUUGCUACGUCUUCCUCGCCUGAAACUUUCGGACUUCGAGGGUGAAAGCUAA